AUGUCACUCAGAGCCAAAUCCCACACUGACCUGCAGACGGCCGGCAGGUCAUCGCUAGACGACCGUCUUUCUUUCUCCAUGAGCAGCAGUAACUUCAACAGAGGCAGCCGCUUCGGGAACGGGAUGGGGGAAGAGGUCAAAGGUCACUCCAGAUCCAUCCGCAGGCCGGUGAGGGCGGUGAGGCCCGUCAGCGCCGUGAGCUCCACCGGAUCCUUCCUCCAGAUCAACCACCUGCAGGGAGAGCUGGUGAGGAAGAGGAAGAUCAACCACCUGCAUGGAGAGCUGGUGAGGAAGAGGAAGGAAUGCGAGGAUCUGAGGAAGGAAAACAAGUUCUUAUCGAACGAGAUCCACAUGGAGCGGAUCAUGAUGCGCACCGAGAGCGAGCUGACCAUGAGGAACCUGAGGAACCUGAACCAGGAGCUGCAGGCGCAGGUCAAAGAGCUGAAGCAGAAGCUGUACCUCAGCCAGCAGAGGGUGGCUCUCUGCUCUCAGGCUGCAGACGAGGCGGAGGGUUCCCGAGGCGAGGCGGAGAAGAUGAGGAACCUGGCCGAGGCUCGGGCCCUCGGGAGCCAGAGGGACAAGGAGACAUCGGAGAGGGAGAGGAGCCGCUUGAGAGAGGAACUACAGCUGCUGAGGAAGGAGCACACUGACCUGCAGCUUUCAGCAGCUCUGACUGAGAAGAGUUACUUUGAAUCUCAGCUGAAGCUGGACCGGGUCUCUGGAGAGAAGCAGGUUCUGCUGCAGGAGAACCGGAGCACACAGGGAGAACGAGACGAGCUCCGACACAAGCUGAGGAACGUCACGGAGGAAAAUGUACAAAUCAAACAGAGAGAGAUGGACUCGAGACGCAGAGCGGUGGCCUCGGAGGAGGAAGGGAAAAAGGCCAACCAGGCUCAGAGAGAGGCCGAGGCAGAGAGACGUCUGGCGGAGAAAGAGAGGCAGGAGAGGGCGAGCGAGUGUCUCCGCUGGAGGGAGAAACACCAGGAGAUCAACGAGAGGUUCAGAGCUGAGGAGGACCUGAAGGCUCUGAGGCAGAACAAAUCAUGUCAGGCCAACAUCAAGAGUUACUUCCUCUGCAUGACAGAGAGCAAUCAGAGGGUGAAAAUUCUCAGAAAUCAAGACGGCGCUCCGAGAAGUUUUACGGAGGGAGACCCUGUGUUCAUCCCCACACCUGAGUGCAGCCCUGAAGAGCCUGAGAGGAGUUCAUCCAGGACUCUGUUGAGGGUCUCGGCCCCGCUCACAGGGAGGGAUCACGGUCCGGGUCACUUUGACGAGCUGCCGGCCUUCGGAGGAGCAGAGAGAUCCGACUCUGCCCCCCACCCCCGACGGAGCAGGAAGGUGGUCGACUACUUCUGGAUCCCCACAGACCAGGAGUAGUUCAAAGUAGUUAUGUCAAAACCACAGUUUUUUUUAAUAAUAACUUAAAUGUAUAGAGCGCCUUUCAGGGGACCCAAGGUCGCUUUAUAGAAAACACAGGAGUAAAACUAAAUAAAACAGUGCUGACUUUAGCCCUUAUACUUGAUUACAUAAACAAAUUAUGCUUCUAUUUACUUUUUACGACUUAAAAUGUGUCAAUAGUUCCUUUUUUGACACCAGAAAAUGUUUACUAUUCUUAUCAUCUGUGCUAAUAAAAGUGUAAAAUAAACACACUUUAUGUAUUUGUAUCUGUGACCUAUGACUCCUAUGAGUGACCGUAACUACAUUUGUUUACUUCUGGAUCCCUACAGUUUUUCAGCUCUUAUACUUGAUUACACCAUUACAAAUUCUACUUCUUAUACUCUUUACAACUUCAAACGUGUCAAUGGUUCCUAUUUUGACACCAGAACAA